GGCGGCAGCACCGCAAACAGCCAGACUUAGAAACACCUCUAUCGGAGGUCAUCUCCCCAGGAUGUCUCCGAUAACCAGAGCCAACAUCGAGGAACACGUACGCAAAGGACAGGAGGCACUCACUUCGCUCAAGCGCGUGCUCAACACCGACACCUUAAUUAACCGCCUGCAUGACGAGCUGUUGCUCGAGAUAUUCCGGUGCUACAUCGCCUGCCUUAAGAAGGAGCGGCACGAAAGCCUCAGCUUCGCCGAAGCCAUCAGGCUUGGGGAGCACGGUAAUUUCAAAUGGAUACGCCUCACACACGUUUGCUACCACUGGCGGCAUCUCGCUCUCUCUUACCCUACGUUCUGGGCUGAGAUUCAGAUGGCGCGUUUCUCGUCAGCGUCCGCCUUUCUAUCGCGCAGUCAGCAAGCACCCCUAUCCAUUCACUGUCGCCUCUUAUACACCGAUGCUGUGCAGCGCACGAAGAAAUAUCAACUGUUCCAGAAGAUACUCGCCGAGUCAAGUCGCAUCCGCCGCUUGACCUUGUCGUACAGCAACAUCGAUACGCGGCAGGCACCUGCUGAGCCCGAAAUGGGACGCUGCGAAUUCCCUGAGCUCAAGACACUCAAAUUGACCCUGGAGAGCGGCGACGAAGGUACCGCACCGUCGUUCAUUGCCCGCUGUGACUCGUUCCCGCGACUUGAGGAGCUGCGCAUCCAGAAUUACGACCUAUCGCUGACUCAGACGUUGGCGGCGAGGGUACCGAAUCUCGUGCGGCUGUAUCUGAAUACAGCCAGCCGUGGGAGGACGAUGGAUCGGAGGUCGUUGCUCAACUUUCUGAGUUCCCUGCCGCAGCUGGAGAGGUUGAGUUUAUGCGAUCGCGACGAACCUCGCCCCCUGGCCGGUCUGAACGUCAAUGCUCCUUCCACGCUUUCCUUCAACACUGUUAUCGCCCUUCCCAAGCUGUCAUAUCUUCGUCUCGCUUGCCAGGUCCAGUCGGCACCAAUACUCCUUCGGCACAUCUCACACCCCGCGGACACUAAGCUCAAGCUUGAGGUCGACCCACCAGUAGGCCCGGUCGAUGCUAUAGGAGACGAGCUCGCAGCAUUCGCGUCUGCUUUAGGUUUGCACAUGUCUGGUAGUAGGAUCACUGAUGAGGCAGACCCUAUCCUGUCCUUCAAUAUCGACAUGCCCGCUGAAGCAGGCGUACGUAUAUGCGCAUGGACGGAGGCCCUUCCAAUCGAUUCCCUGGCCGGCGACUCCACAUACCAUUCACACGCUGAGAAUGUCUACUCGCGAUCUUUGAUCCAGAUACAUUUCCUUUAUUACUCUGCUGAAUCGAUCUUCGAGCUCUUCGUCAAGGCCCUGCCUCUGAACACCGUCCAACGCUUAUUUGUCGGCGGGACUAACAGGGCCCAGAGGCCGUUCGUCCCCACCGAGCGCGCGUGGAAGACUGCUUUCACGAGUGCUAUCAACGUCACAGAGUUGUCGGUGUACGCACAGUCGGGGCGGAACCUGCCUUCCGCCCUUUGCCCCACUGUCAGCGACGACCACAAAGACUGGCAGGUUCUCUUCCCGCGCAUUGACAUCAUGCGCAUUCAACACGUCGAAUUUUCGAAAUCGGACGCCACUCGGUGGAUGACGACGAUGCCUAUCGAUGGUUGGGUGCUGGAUCUUCAAGACGAAGAAAGCGUCCGUCAGGUUGCUCUGCGCAUGAGGCUCACGAAGCUGGUCAUCCGUAAGGCGGUACAUAUUGACCCUGCUCACGUCGCCCUACUAGAGCGAUGCCUCGGUGCCGCGGCGGUGGACUGGGAUGGCAUACAGCGAUGGCGGGGGACCGCGCCGGGUCAACAAAUCGGAAGGGUCCAGUACAUCGAUCACCGCGACCCGGGCUGGAUAGACGACGACGCGUAGCGGUACUCCGGAAGGGGCUAGAGGGAAGAAUAGUAUAUUUGUACAUUUUUAAUAAAAGGAUUCUCACUUGUAUCGAUAUUUUGGGCCACCUAAGAGGGAGACAAAUUGGCUGAUGGACCGAC